GUCUAGCACGCUUGUGUGUAUUCUAUUCGCGACGCGUUAAAGCGGAAGCGAAAGUAACUCAAUUUAAUUAACACGACCAACACCAACACUUCAAACGAUGAGGAGGUGAAAAGUAUAUUAUUGGUGGCAAAUAAAUUAUGACAGAGGGACCAGAGUCAGGACAUUCAAGGAAAGAGAAUGAAAACAUUCAAGAUGCAUUAGAUGAAGAAUCAUUUGGUGACGUUUUGGAUCGCAAGAAAGAUGAAGCCGAACGGGAGAAUGAUCAACAUGUAGAUUUAUUCGAAACGGGCAAUAUUUGGACACAAGUGGGUAACACACAAGCACAAAGGAAAGCAUGGCAAAAUGGUGGAAUCUCAGACGAGGAACCCUUUGAGCCGGUCGAUAUUGAUGGCAGAUUAGAGGAGGCCAAUGGCGAAGAAGGGCAGACAUCAAAGGACAGUGAAUUCUACUUCGACCUCAGUCAAGAGUUCCCUGAGGAUCUCGAUGGGGCAAAUCAAUCAGCACAGCCGAGUCAAUCACUGUGGAAAGAUGGCAAGACGGCGCCGCUUCUAAACCAAUAUGGAGAAGAAAGAAGAUUAUGGUACAUGGCACAAGCGGGAAUCUACGAUCGAUCUGAUUCUGUGCAUGAUAACAAUGCCAGACAAACAGAAUCGGAUCCAAUCGCCAACGAGACAAGAGAAACCUCUUCUUCACCGCCUAUUGUCGUUUAUCAAACGCCAGCGAGACCUACAACACAAUAUCCGCGGAUAAGUGGAACUUCUUCUUCUUCAACGCCAGCACAUACCUAUCUCCCAACCCCGAUUCAACCCGUAACGAAUGGCGUUACCCCACAAAGAAGAGGACCAGCAUUUAGUUUGGCCGGAAAUUUGAAUACGCCAAACGGAAGUGGUGGCGGCGGUGGUGGUGCUUGUUCAAAACAACGAACGCCAAUUCAAACGCCCAAACGAAAAACAUGGCAAUCUACAAUGGCUUCAAGAGAAGAAGCAAAAGCUGCUGCUGCUGCUGCAGCUGCUGAAAUGAAAGCGAAAUCUUCCUCAGCAAAAAAGAAACGUAAAAGCACUUCCUCUGAAACGCCCAAAAGCGCUGCAAAAGCAGGCAGAGGUGGAUCUUCUUCAAGAAAUCAAACGCCCAAUCGUACCGCCGGCACUGCUGCUGUACCGCCGGGUUCAGCUCAAAGAUAGCAUUGGUCUAGACCUGAAUUAUCAAUUGUAUCACUUUCUGUUCCGUGUGACUUCGAUGUAUCUUAUCCGCAUUCUAGAUUAACCUAUCCAUUUAUUGCUCGUUUGCUAGGGACACAUCCUCCGUUUGAAACAAAGUAUGUUUCAUUGUAGUUUAAUAGAGUUGUAAUUAUUUACACAAACUCGAUUCGGACAGACAAAAAGGUAAUUGUGCUUUAUGAGCUUUGUUUUUUUUUCAAUGACAAAAAGGAAAGAUCAGAGAGAGAUGAUUGAUAAUGUUUGAGAAUAUUGUUAAGAAUAGCUAUACAUGUGUACACCUACAUAAGAUAAAAGAGGUGA